AUGGCGACAGCAUCUGACCAGCUGCCCGCAACAGAGACGGAUCCCCUUCUGCCUUCCAGUGUCGUUGGUAAGAGUGCGCAAGAUGGUGGCCGCGACGACCGAUUCAAGGAUGACGGCGACGACGACGAUGACCGGAACGAUGACGACGACGACGCGCCGCUUGUCCCGCUUGGCGCAUACAUCGAGACGGACCCGACCGUGGGGGAGUGGCUGCUACGACACCGUCCCACGAGGCGCUCGGCAGUACGAUAUGUCAGGAGCUUGUUUCCCUUUCUCGGCUGGCUCCCUCGGUACAAUACAAAGUGGUUUAUCGGGGAUGCUAUCGGAGGCAUCACGCUGGGCUUCGUAGUCGUCCCCCAGACCAUGGCCUACGCGUUACUGGCCGGCCUGCCACCGCAGUAUGGCCUGUACACUUCGUUUGUUGGCACAUCGCUGUACUGGCUAUUCGGUACAUCCAAGGACGUUGCAAUCAGCGCAACCGCCGUCCUAUCUCUCCUCGUUGGCCGUGUCGUCAACACCGUGACAGCCGAACACCCCGAGUACCGCAACCAAGACGUAGCUGAGUGCAUCUCCCUCGUCUCCGGCUUGUGCCUGCUCAUCUUUGGCCUCUUGCGUCUCGACUGGAUCAUCGAGCUGAUCCCCCUCGUCGCCAUCUCCGCCUUUGUCACCGGCGCGUCCAUCACGAUCACCCUCAGCCAGCUGCCCGGCGUCCUGGGCAUAACGGGUAUUCGUGCCAAGGAAUCGGCCGUCAGCGUGUUUUUACAGCUUGUGCAUAACAUUGGAAACGCCCGAGCCGGCGAUGCUGCCGUUGGGCUGAGCGCUCUCGUCUUUCUCGAAUCUAUCAAGUGGUACUCGGCGCGCAUGCUGGCUCGGCCACGCGCAAACGACCGGCUGUGGUCUACGGUGGCGUCGCUGAGGAUGACGCUCGUCAUGUGUGCCUACACUAUCAUGAGUGCCGUUGUGAACUACGGCCAGUCGCAGCAGGAGGCUGCCUUUAGGCUCCUGGGCCCCGUCCCCUCGGAUCUAGGCUUCCCCGUCGUGGACAGAACGCUUCUACUAAGCAUCAGCCCCCACGUCCCGGCCGUGAUUUUGGUCCUCAUCGUCGAACACAUUGCCAUUGCAAAGUCGUUUGGCAAGAUCAACAACUACGUCGUCGUCCCGUCCCAGGAGAUGAUAGCCACGGGCAUAACCAACCUAGUCGGGGGCAUGUUUGGCGCCUACUCGUCCACGGGCAGCUUCACGGGCACCGCUAUCCUGUCCAAGGCCGGCGUGCGCACGCCGCUGGCGGGCACCUUCAAGGCCGCCAUCGUCAUGAUGGCCCUUUACUGGCUUACCUCGGUCUUCUACUACAUCCCCAUGGCGGCUCUUUCGGGUCUGAUCGUCCAUGCCGUCAGCAACCUCGUUACGUCGCCCGGCGAGCUGCGCCUCUUCUGGCUGAUAUCUCCUCCUGAUUUGUUCAUCUACGUCGUCGGCGUUUCCGUUUCCGUCUUUGGCAACCUGGAGACUGGAAUAUACGCCACUGCAGGACUCUCGCUCGUAUUCCUGCUCUACAGGGUCGCUCGCGCCGAGGGCAAGUUUAUGGGACGCGCAUCCGUGAGCCGGUACGUCGCGGAGCCGCGCCAGCAGAUUGGGCCCACCGACAGGAGCGCUGCUGUCGGCGGUGCCCCUCGCUGGAGGGAUGUGUACCUCUCCCAUGAACGAGAUGACGGCACCAACCCCCAUGUCAAGGUCGAAAACCCUUACCCGGGCGUCUUCAUCUUCAAGCUCACCGAGAACCUCCACUACCUCAACCAAGCGCACAUUGUCCAGCAGGUCGUAUCCCACAUCACAUCUCGGACGCGCAGGGCCAUCCGCGACGACCCCGACAAGACGGCCCGCGACCGGCCGUGGAACGACCUCGGGCCGGAGACAUCUCCCGGCGAAACAGUCCCAUCUGAAGACAACCACCUACCACCGCUCCACGCUCUCGUCCUGGACAUGUCGGCCGUCAAUGACAUGGACGUCACAUCCGUCCAAGGGCUCACGGACCUGCGCCACCGCCUUGAGCAGUGGGCGUCGCCUGAAAAAGUGGAGUUUCACCUCGCCAAUGUGACGAACCGAUGGACGAGGAAAGCCCUUGCGGCCUGUGGUUUUGGCCAGCCGUCCUCCCUGGACGGAUGGAACCCCGAAUUUACCAUUGCAGAACUCGGCAGCAGCGGUGGCGGAGCUGGUCCUGUUUAUAAUCACCAUCACAACCGCCAGUCUGUGCUACAGGAAAACGGCUACAUCCGCCAUUUCAUACACGCAACGAGUGGAAAUGGCUUCGUGGAGUUGGGAAGUGACGAGGAGGGGGCCUCAAGUCCCAGGUCGCGGCAAUUUGGCUCAUUGAUCGGAAUGGACAGGCCGCAUUUCCAUGCUGAUCUGGACACUGCUGUCCAAUGCGCGGCUAGGAGUCUUGGGAAGAAACGUGGCAGAACGGCAGCAACGACAAAUUGA